AUGUUUCAUGAUUUCACACAACCUAUAAUGGGAAUUUCAACUCUUGAAAAGCUACUACCACUAGAGAACGAGGAAGUGGAGGUCUCUCCCAAAGAUGUUUCAAUUGUGAGCGAUUCACUCUUGGAACAUUAUCGAUCCGAUCUUGAGGCCGAUAAACUGGUCGACGUAGCCGAGGCAAUGUCACACUUUUAUUCAUACAAUAAAGAGUUAUCGUUGCACAAGAAGAAGCUAGUGCCAGUGGGAGCUAUACUUGAUGGAUUCUCCAAGGACUUGAAGCAAUUAUCAUCCAGUUUGGUAUCACUUGAACAACAAUCCACUGAAUUGUCGAGGGAUUCUUAUACAAACAAAAUGAUAACACAAAUGCUAGAACGAACAAUUAAUGAAAAAGUGUUACCACCAGAGCUCAUUCGGGAUGUGCUUUAUGAGGAAUUGUCAAACAAGUAUUUUGAAAAGGUCAACUAUCUACUAGAUAAGAUGAAUGAGGAAGAGUCAUUGUUGAUUAAAGCUAAAGUGGUGGAAAGAACAAGAGACUUUGUCAUAUCGCAGAUCCGAGCGCUAAGGACAAAGCCCAUUUCAUCACAAGAGAUCCAGAACAAGCUUCUUGCAUGCUCUGACUUGUUCCACUUUUUGCAAUCGCAACAACCUAAACUUGGAGAACAAUUGCAACAAGCAUAUCAAAACACGAUGAAGUGGUACUACAAAAGCAAGUUUGCAAAGUACAUAUAUUCGUUGGAAAAGCUUCCCAGAAGGCACCUCGAGGUACCGAUAUUUGACUCACCAAACUACUUGUCCACUUUUGAAUCAAGGUUUCGGAUAUUAUCAAACACUGAUGCUUGUAUUCCAUCACAAUUGGCAGAAACAAUGACUAUCCCCUAUACGAUUGAAUUCGUUUUUCUCCAACUUCUUAGGGCAGUCACAGACAACGUAUCGGUCGAGUAUUUGUUUGUUGUUAGCUUUUUCUAUCAAGGGAAUGAAACCAAUCACACCUGGGCAUUGGACAUGUUUCAAGAUGUCUUUCAAAUAAGUACCGACUUUCUCACUCUCACCACAAAUGGAACUUGCGACGUUUACGCAAUUCUAUUCAUCAUUAAGUUGAUUCACAAUUUUCAACUACGAUUGCAUGAAAAUCACAUUCCUGCUCUCGAUGACCAUCUCAAUUCAUUGUUGCUCAUCUUAUGGCCAAUAUUCAGCAAACUAGUGGAUCUCAAUUGUGAUGCAUUAAAGAAGCAAAUACCUAGAACACCAAAGUCAUUAGUUCCAUUAAACGUGACGCAGCAAUUUGCUUUGUUUUACCUGGGUUUGCUCCGCUUGUCUUCAGCAGGUGAGCCUUCAGAGACAGCAAUUGUAAGGCUAAGGAACGCUUACGAAAGUAAUCUUACCAAAGCAGCAAACGCAUUUAGAGGACACGAUAAAGAAACUUUUCUUGAUCGAAACUACUCAUUAGUGUACACGGUUGUGUCCAAUGAGGCAGAAGAUGCCACCUCUGAAAUCAAACAUUUCCAAGACUUAGCUAGUGUAUACAAAUCAUAA